UGUCUCGUGUUGCCAAGACUGCCAAGACUGUGGAUAUGUUUAUAUUAUAUUUAUAUUUAAAGUAUUCGAAUGAUUAAUAUUCCCUCAUCCUUCUUAAAUUUUAUUUUCUCUCAACAACUACAAUAUGUCAUCUUCUUCGUAUCCAAGAACUGAACAAAUGAGCGUUGGUCCUGAUAAUAAUCAAAAUGGAAAUAUUCAAGAAAAGGAUUGGAGUUAUAAACUUGGAGAUUGUCAUGACGCUUGUUUCCUAUCAACGAAAACUUUUAUUUGUCCAUGUGUAACUUAUGGAGAAAAUCGUUCAAAUAUUACAAAAAAGAAUAAUAACAUUAUAUGUUCAAUAUUAUAUUGUUUUUUUUGUCCAUGUAUCCUUGGAGCUCUUUCAAGAUAUGAUGUUAGAAGAAAAUAUAACAUAAAAGGAUCCCUAGGAGGAGAUUGUUGUACACAUUGUUUUUGUUGUUGCUGCGGCCUUAUUCAAGAAUCUAGAGAGAUCGAAAAUAAUUUGAAUGGUUAAUUUGAAUGGUCAAUUUUGUAUGUUUGAUUUAAAAAAGGAAAUUUAAUUUUUAAAUAUGUAUCACUUUUUUUUUUUCUUUACUAAUAUUACUAAUAUUAAAAAUGUUUUUUCCGUAUACUAAUAUAGACAAUUUUUUUAAAAAAAAUUAAACAUACUAUAUUAUUUCAUUUUAAUUUAUCAUUAUAAAGUUUCUCAAUCCUUUUUAUCUUUUAUAUAUAGAAUCGUUAGAUUUCUUACUAAACUUACACUUAAUAUAACCCAUACUGUCAUCCGAAUAUAGAAAGUGUAAAUUUUGUAUUGAAAAAAUCAGAUGAUCUUUAUUACACAUUUUCACAAAAUAAAUAUUACCUUUUUUGUCGAAUUGGGUGUUGAUUAUCACGUGUUUAUAUGAAGGAGGGACGCAAAAGUAUCGGAAUUGACCAUCAUCUUGACCCUCCUUAUAUUAUGCAGGUCAAGUCAACACCGCGUGGUGGGUCAAGAACGAUACAUUUGC